UAUUCCAUCUCGUUCUUCCCCAACAAAACGCCUGUGCUGUGUGCUGUGUGCUGUGUGCUCUGCUACUGCUACCUCAAAUUUGGCUUAAAAAAUGGCUUCCGCUUCCAUCCCUCUCCAUCUCCUCAAUCUCUCCGCCAGAACCGCCAUUAAAGCCGCCGCCGUCAAAUCCCGGCACCGUUCUUCUCUCCCCGCAAGAUCCGCCUCCGUUCGCAUGUCCUACAACCCUACUCCGGCGACCGACCGCCUCGUCUCCGCCGUCGCCUACACUCUCCCCUUCUUCAACUCCCUCCAGUACGGGCGCUUCCUGUUCGCCCAGCACCCGGCCCUCGGCGUCGCCUUCCAGCCCCUCCUCCCCGUUCUAGGGCUCUACCGCUCCAUCCCCCACUCCACCUUCGUCGCCUUCUUCGCCCUCUACUUGGGCGUCGUCCGCAACCCUGCCUUCUCCCACUACGUCCGUUUCAAUUCGAUGCAGGCCGUCACUCUCGACGUCCUCCUCGUGGUGCCAUUGCUGAUCCAGAGGAUCCUCAGCCCGGGUCGGGCCGGAAUCGGGUUCCAGAUCAUGGUCUGGGGCCACAACGGACUGUUUGUUUUCAGCGUUUUGUGCUUCGUUUACAGUCUGGUUUCUUGCCUUCUCGGACGGACCCCUCACUUGCCCCUUGUUGCUGAUGCUGCUGCCAGGCAGAUUUAGUAGAGGAAGGAUGAGAUGACAUUGAAGAGAGCAAUGGGGAUGGAGAAUUAUCAAGUGAAAGAGAAUGUGGGAUUUCUUUUCUUUUGCCAAAUGCAGAUUGGACAUGGUUUACAAAGAAUGGAAGAUCUAGAAACAACUUUGUUCUAUGAAUCAAUGUUUAAGUUGAA